UCCAUUUUCAGCAAUUAAAAAGUUAAAAUAUAUAUAGAGAAGGCUAACUAAUAUAGAGCAACACCCACCUCAAACAAACAAACAAACCGUGAAGCAAACAAACAACCACCUAUAUUCCACCACCCAAUCGAAGCCACCACCCACCCAUACUGUCCAGGACAGAAAUCACCUUGAAAACGGCAUAGACAAUCGGUGGAGAGGAGCCCGUGCUUACACCAAAUCAACAAGUCGUAAAUUAGCUGUGAAUUAGACCCAACCCUCAAGGAAUCACUACCAGGAUACGAGAAUGGCGCGGCGCAAGGACAAGCCCCGUUUGAUACCCGAACAGGACAAGCGCAUCUGUCGCGCCAUCUGCCUCUGCCAGCUUACCAUGGUGCUGUCCUGCGUGUCCAUCGUUUACCUGAGCGUGGCCAUCUACUCGCCCUCCCUCAAGGCCUUCAAAUCGGGCUUCGAGCACGACCCGGUCAUGUGCCAGACGGUGGAUCGCCAGAUGCCCAACAACUGUCCGUGGGCCUCCUGCGGUGAGUGGUGUUUGACCAGGACCAGUGGCUUCUGCCCCCAGAUGCACUCGGUGGUGCGAAGGAAUGGCACGGAUAUUCAGCUGAACAACUGUACAAGGGUCACCAAUACAUCCUGUGCUCAGAUUGACAUGAGUCGCCUGAACAAGUUUAACUGCAACAAUGGCACCGCCUGCAAUAACAUUCGCGGGGUCUUCAAUUGCUCCAAUGGUCAUUGCAAGAAUAUGUCCGAGUUCUUUUUGUGCCACCACAAGGCCGAUGGGCACACGAUCAAUUCGCAGAAGGACAAUACCAAGCUGAAUGGGUUCUUUGAGUGCCACGGUGUGCUUUGCACCAAAAUCAAAAAGCCCUUCAAUUGCGAUCGUUAUUGCUCCAAGAUAACCACUGCGAAUGUUAACACCUUGAUCAUGCAUGAGGACAACGUCAUUGCUGCCGAUUGUGAGAAUGCAGUGGCCUUCAACCAGGCCCGCGGAUCCGAGCAUGGUGUGCGCAUCGAACCCACCGAGUUCUGGAAGGAGGACGACGGCAACCUGUUGACCAACUGUGCCACCGUCACCCGCGAGUCGGACAACCGCAUCACUGCCACGGAUUGCCUGAACGGAACCCUGCUGGAGCACGACACCCUGCCCGCUCCCUUUAUGAACUUCACCCAGUUCUGGGCAAUCUAUGAGAACAGCACACGGUCGGUGGACCCCGAGCAGAGAUAUUUGCCCAACCAGGCCAACCUUACCAUUUAUCCCUGGAAGAAAUUGUUCAUCAACCUGGAGGGCUGUGUAAAUACGCUUCGCGGCGAGUGCAAGGACUUUGUGGCUCGCUAUGGCAACGAUGGCGACAACAAUACGGCCCAGUCACGCUAUCAGUGCUACUACAACAAGGAUCCGAAUGUGGAGUUUGUGGUGGCACGCUACGACCUGGAUAAGGUUUACAGGGAGCUCCUGGUAUCGCUAAUAGUGCCCAUUGUUCUGUUUGUGGUCUCCUCCAUUUCACUGUGCAUCAUAACCAAGUCCGUCAAGGUGGGUGACGAUGCCAAGAUGCGUUGCGUGUGUGCCGGCGAUGACUCGGACAACGAUGAGGUUUUCGGACACGGAUUGGCCAGCAACAAGCCACAAGACCAAAUGUACGACACGGACGACGAUGUUGUGUGUGACCUAGAGCACCAGGCUGUUGGCGGUCAAGAGCUCUCGGACCACGCACAGCCGCUGGAUAGCCACGAUAUGAUUGGUAGCACCAAAUCGCUUAUACCGCUCAGUCCAGCCGGAGAUUCCGGUACCACUGAGCAGAACUUUGACCAGGAUCAGGACCAGGAGAAGGCAACCACCUGCGAUGUGCCCGAGAAGCCGCUGGUCAUACUUUAAGCGAACAGCGAGGAUGGAUUCCACUGAGGACCAGCAUCAAACUUUAUGGACCUGCGACCAUUGUACAAGGGGAACUGAAUUUAAAUUCUACUCAGCGCAUUUAUACAACGUUUACACAUCAGAGAUAUGGGACGGAUCUUAACUUUUCUUGCUUAAAUAGGGAUAAUUACACAUAUCCCCCCGGCGGACAACGAGACAACUCCCAAGAGCUUUAUAUAGAAGAAGAACCAAAGACGAGAAUCCCCCAUCUACAACAGUUCCAGCAGAUGCGCCUUAGACGAUUUGCAUUUAUAUAGCGUAUAUAUACCAACUGACAUCUGCGGAACCAGAAACCAAAUACCCAAAGGAAACGAUACCAGGACAGACCAAGGAAGCUAAUGUUCUCUAGAAAUAGGAUUCACAGGCAUCCGCGACUCGCCUUAACUCUUGACUUUGUAGCUAUGCAAUAUUCAACAUUUUCUUAACUACUCUAACCGAAAAAGGUGGAUGAGCAGUACCUAUCUGAUAUAUACUUAUAUAUUAUCGUAUUAUAGCAAAUAAUAAAACACCAUUAAAAACUCUCUA